UUCGAAAGAUAUGGUGUUGCAAUGAGUGUGGACCAUUUGAGAGAUUCUGUUCCAAUUGAUGCAGCCAACCAGGGAUCAGCUAUCAAAUUGAUAAAAGUGGCUCCAUGCGUGAACAAUUUUGCAGAAGCACCAUCCAAGCAUGUGGCAACAACAAACUGGAAUAUCUUUAGAUCCUGCGUUAUUCCUGAGAAGUGGACCACUGAUAGCGAUGGGUUGAUUUACAAUCUUACUGUUUUAGAAAAACACCCAUAUUCAACACAAACAUUUGUUCCAAUGGGGAGAGACCCCGAGGAAGAUGCUUAUGUGGUCAACGUGGCACCAGAUAAGGAUGGGCAGCCAGACUACGAGAAUGUGGAAGCAUAUGUUUUCAAGGGUAAUACUGCGGUCACAUACAACCUCGGUACAUGGCAUAGUCCGAUGGUUGUUUUGAACAAAACCACAGAUUUCUGUGUAGUGACUAAUGAGAACGAUGUUUCCGAGGAAAAUUGUGUUGAAGUGUUCUAUAGCCCAGGC